GCCCACUUGGAGGAUGUAUUUAGAUUUUUACAUGCUCUUUCCUCUGUGCUCCAGCUAGUGUGUGGCUGCCUCUUACUCAUCGUCAUGGGACUGCACGUCAAUCUGACUGAAGCCGGCAGAUGCGGGCAGGCCGCCCGGCGUCCUCGCCAGUGAAUUCCAGCAGGCGGGUUGGCCGGGCGAUAAUAGAGGGUCUGUCUGUCGGUGCAGGGCCGUGUGAGUUGUUUUGCAAUUGUUAGUGGAUGUCGUGACCGGCCAAAGACAGGGCUGUAACUCAGGCUGGCAGAUUUCCGUUUUCCUAGGGGACCUCCGGGGCGGAUAUAAAGUGCGGGGGGCUGUCCUGCACGAGGGCCGGCUGCGGCGAUCUUCCCCGGCGUCUGCCCGGAGACGUCCCAGGUUCUGCUCUUGGAAACCCGGCUGGCAGAGGUGGUGGCUGCCGGCCAGGCCAGCGGGGAGGCGGUGCCGCCUGGGCACCCAGGGAACGGUCAGGAGCUGGAGGACCGUUAGGAUUUUGUCUGCUACUUGGGACCCAGCCCUCCGUCCUGCCCCCAGGCCGUCGCUGCCCCCUCUGUGUUGUCAUGGCAAAGUACGUGCCCCCACCCCGGCUUAGCUGGGUGAGCUCACAUUGCCGCUUUCUCCUUGCUGCCUGCGCUCAGGGGUGAACGCUGCUCAGGUUUGCCUCGUUGUCCGCGGUCUGCAGCUGUGCCCGACACACAGUUCAGCAAAUCCUUGUGGAAUGAGUGACAUCACCCAAAAAGGAUAUGAAAAGAAGAGGUCAAAACUAAUUGGAGCCUACCUGCCCCAGCCUCCGAACGUCCACACAGAAGCCGUGCAGGCAGCACUGGCUAAACACAAAGAAAGGAAGAUGGCGGUGCCCAUGCCUUCCAAACGCAGGUCCUUGGUUGUGCAGACCUCGAUGGAUGCCUACACACCUCCAGAUACCUCCUCGGGCUCAGAAGACGAAGGCUCGGUGCAGGGUGACUCCCAGGGGACCCCCACCUCCAGCCAGGGCAGCAUCAACAUGGAACACUGGAUCAGCCAGGCCAUCCAUGGUUCCACCACGUCCACAACCUCUUCCUCCUCCACCCAGAGCGGGGGCAGCGGUGCCGCCCACAGGCUGGCCGACGUCAUGGCCCAGACGCACAUAGAAAAUCACUCUGCACCUCCUGACGUGACCACUUACACCUCAGAACACCCAAUACAAGUGGAAAGGCCGCAGGGCUCGACGACAUCGCGGACGGCGCCCAAGUAUGGCAACGCGGAGCUCAUGGAGACAGGCGACGGGGUGCCCGUAAGUAGCCGGGUGUCGGCGAAAAUCCAACAGCUCGUCAAUACCCUCAAGCGACCGAAGCGGCCACCGUUACGGGAGUUCUUCGUUGAUGACUUUGAGGAACUGCUGGAAGUUCAACAACCAGAUCCGAACCAACCCAAGCCAGAGGGAGCGCAGAUGUUGGCCAUGCGCGGGGAGCAGCUGGGAGUGGUCACCAACUGGCCCCCGUCGUUGGAAGCCGCGCUACAGCGAUGGGGGACCAUCUCCCCGAAGGCCCCGUGCUUGACCACGAUGGACACGAACGGGAAGCCCCUGUACAUCCUCACUUAUGGCAAACUGUGGACAAGAAGUAUGAAGGUUGCUUACAACAUCCUGCAUAAAUUAGGUACAAAGCAAGAACCGAUGGUACGACCUGGAGACCGGGUGGCGCUGGUGUUCCCCAACAAUGACCCUGCUGCGUCCAUGGUGGCCUUCUACGGCUGCCUACUGGCCGAAGUUGUUCCUGUGCCCAUUGAAGUCCCACUCACGAGAAAGGACGCAGGAAGCCAGCAGAUUGGGUUCUUGCUCGGAAGCUGUGGAGUCACCGUGGCCUUGACGAGUGACGCUUGCCACAAAGGGCUGCCAAAAAGCCCGACCGGGGAGAUCCCGCAGUUCAAAGGUUGGCCAAAGCUGCUGUGGUUUGUCACCGAGUCAAAGCAUCUGUCUAAGCCCCCUCGAGAUUGGUUCCCACACAUCAAAGAUGCGAAUAACGACACCGCGUACAUAGAGUAUAAGACGUGCAAGGACGGGAGCGUGCUAGGGGUGACCGUGACCAGGAUCGCGCUGCUGACCCACUGCCAGGCCCUCACACAGGCAUGCGGCUACACGGAAGCGGAAACCAUCGUGAAUGUGCUGGAUUUCAAGAAGGACGUCGGGCUCUGGCAUGGAAUCUUGACAAGCGUCAUGAACAUGAUGCAUGUCAUCAGCAUCCCGUACUCGCUAAUGAAGGUCAACCCCCUCUCCUGGAUUCAGAAGGUCUGCCAGUACAAAGCGAAAGUGGCUUGCGUGAAAUCCAGGGACAUGCACUGGGCACUAGUUGCGCAUAGAGACCAGAGGGAUGUCAACCUCUCCUCCCUCCGGAUGCUCAUCGUGGCCGACGGCGCAAAUCCCUGGUCCAUCUCGUCCUGUGACGCGUUUCUCAACGUCUUCCAAAGUAAAGGCCUGCGCCAGGAGGUCAUCUGUCCGUGCGCCAGCUCCCCAGAGGCUCUCACCGUGGCCAUUCGGAGGUACGGCCGGGCCCCCUGCAGGGCCGGGCGGGGCAGUGCGGCUGCGUGCCGUGGCUCGUGUCUGCGUGGCGGGAGGGCAGGACCCAGCCUGUUGGGGCCCAGCUUCAUUUCCUUGCAUGCGCUGGAAUGGGUCCUUCAGGGUGGUCCACGUUCACUGGUCAGAAGCCCUCUGUCCCUCGGGGGCAGUGACCGUGUCUCCCAAGUAAGUGGAUCCCUUGUGCACGUCCCCACAUGUUCACCUGCCGGCAUCCGCGUCGGGUGUUACUCGGGGGUGGAUUGGGUGAAUGCUGUCUGGUUCGAGUGCAGUGUUGCAGCUGGGCCUGUGGACAUGCCCUGUGCGCCACAACAUCCUGGACUUUUAAAAACCCUGCUACGAGCUCCUGGUGGCAGAACGUUACUUCCCGGCACGUCUCCAGCAUGUGCCCCUGUGCUGUUCCCUCUCUGUCCCCGCAGGAUAGCCGUGUUCUCGGUGACCGUCCUGCACGAUGAGCGGAUCGUGAUUGUGGCCGAGCAGAGGCCGGACUCCACGGAGGAGGACAGCUUCCAGUGGAUGAGCAGAGUGCUUCAGGCAAUCGACAGCAUACAUCAAGUUGGGGUUUAUUGCCUGGCCUUGGUUCCAGCAAACACCCUCCCCAAAACCCCGCUUGGUGGGAUCCACUUGUCAGAAACGAAGCAGCUCUUCCUGGAGGGCUCACUUCACCCCUGCAAUGUCCUGAUGUGCCCCCAUACCUGUGUCACAAAUUUGCCUAAACCUCGACAGAAACAACCAGAAAUCGGCCCUGCCUCUGUGAUGGUGGGGAACCUGGUGUCUGGGAAGAGGAUCGCGCAGGCCAGCGGCAGAGACCUGGGCCAGAUCGAAGACAAUGACCAGGCCCGCAAGUUCCUGUUCCUCUCGGAGGUCCUGCAGUGGAGGGCGCAGACCACCCCCGACCACGUCCUGUACACGCUGCUCAACUGCAGGGGUACGAUCGCGAGCUCGCUAACGUGUGUGCAGCUGCAUAAACGUGCCGAGAAGAUCGCCGUGAUGCUUAUGGAGAGAGGACACCUGCAAGACGGGGACCAUGUGGCUCUCGUCUACCCACCAGGAAUAGACCUCAUCGCAGCGUUUUACGGCUGCCUCUACGCCGGCUGUGUGCCAAUAACCGUCCGCCCCCCACAUCCACAGAACAUCGCAACGACGCUGCCGACCGUGAAGAUGAUCGUGGAGGUAAGUCGCUCUGCCUGCUUGAUGACAACACAGCUCACCUGUAAGUUGUUACGGUCCAGGGAGGCAGCGGCGGCCGUAGACGUCAGGGCGUGGCCCCCCAUCCUGGAUACAGAUGAUUUGCCAAAGAAGCGGCCUGCCCAGAUCUACAAACCUUCCAACCCAGACACGCUAGCUUAUCUUGACUUCAGCGUGUCCACGACCGGGAUGCUCGCUGGAGUGAAGAUGUCUCACGCAGCCACCAGUGCCUUCUGCCGUUCCAUUAAGCUGCAGUGUGAGCUCUACCCCUCUCGAGAAGUGGCCAUCUGCUUGGACCCUUACUGUGGACUUGGGUUUGUCCUGUGGUGCCUCUGUAGUGUGUACUCCGGGCACCAGUCCAUUCUCAUCCCGCCGUCUGAGCUGGAAACCAACCCUGCCUUGUGGCUUCUUGCCGUGAGUCAGUACAAAGUCCGGGAUACGUUUUGCUCCUAUUCAGUGAUGGAACUUUGUACCAAGGGGCUGGGCUCGCAGACAGAAUCCCUCAAGGCACGAGGACUGGACUUGUCCCGCGUGCGGACGUGUGUGGUCGUGGCAGAAGAGCGGCCUCGGAUAGCACUCACCCAGUCGUUCUCCAAGCUCUUUAAAGACCUGGGUCUCCACCCGCGGGCUGUGAGCACGUCCUUCGGCUGCAGAGUGAACCUGGCGAUCUGCUUGCAGGGGACCUCGGGACCUGACCCAACCACCGUCUAUGUUGAUAUGCGAGCUCUGAGACACGACAGAGUCCGCUUGGUGGAAAGAGGCUCCCCUCAUAGCUUGCCCCUGAUGGAAUCAGGAAAAAUACUUCCAGGGGUUCGGAUCAUAAUUGCCAAUCCAGAAACAAAAGGCCCAUUGGGCGACUCCCACCUGGGUGAGAUCUGGGUUCACAGCGCCCACAAUGCCAGUGGUUAUUUCACCAUUUACGGAGACGAGUCCCUCCAGUCAGAUCACUUCAACUCGAGGUUAAGUUUUGGAGACACCCAGACGGUCUGGGCGCGGACAGGCUACUUGGGGUUCCUGCGGAGGACGGAGCUCACAGAUGCCAAUGGAGAGCGCCACGAUGCCCUGUAUGUGGUGGGGGCGCUGGACGAGGCAAUGGAGCUGCGGGGAAUGCGGUAUCACCCGAUAGACAUCGAGACCUCGGUCAUCAGAGCCCACAAAAGUGUCACAGAAUGCGCCGUAUUCACCUGGACAAAUUUGUUGGUGGUGGUGGUGGAGCUUGAUGGGUCGGAGCAAGAAGCCUUGGACCUGGUUCCCUUGGUGACCAACGUGGUUCUGGAGGAGCACUACCUGGUGGUGGGGGUUGUGGUCGUGGUGGAUAUCGGCGUCAUCCCCAUCAACUCCCGGGGAGAGAAGCAGCGCAUGCACCUGCGAGAUGGGUUCUUGGCCGACCAGCUGGACCCCAUCUACGUGGCCUACAACAUGUAGUCUGGUCUCCGGCCCCCGUAGACUUUUCUAGGAAAGUAAACGUUUUUCUCAGUGUCGCUAAAGUUUGCAGACACGAGGGCAACAUUCGCCGGAAUGGAGCCCUUGUUCGCGCGGUGGUGAGAUUUUCCACAGCAGUCCUGAUUGGCAUGGGGGUGAAAUGUGAAAUGUGAAUUUACCACUGAAGUUUGCUCAGAAGGACUUUGGAUUACUGCCUUCAGUUUGUUGGAAAAACCCAUUUCAAAAACUUUCUUUUCUUUUUUUUUUUUAAUUAUUGGAUAAUAAGUGCUUUCUUCGUAAAUGUGGUAUUUUGUUAAAAGCCAAAAUAGCAAUUAAAAAAAUAUUCUGCCCUCCGGUUGGGUUCUUUUAAACAAUUUAUGUAGCGUGACAAAGAAUUGUUUUCUCUGUUUAAUGUGUCAUGAAAUCUUAAUGACAUGGACCUUGUUACUAAUUUAAGCCAUUACUAGAUUUCAUCCUUUUAGGAGAGUUUGUUGAGGUACGAGAAAACCUUCCAAUUAGAUGUUAGCAGCUUUCUUUGUCAGAAAUGUGCUGGAGAAACAAAGGCUAGCCUACGGCCUUUGAAGUUAGCAUAGAAUGAGAAGAAAUUAUAAAUAAGGUGUAUUUCGGCAACUAUCUUGCAGAUAUCUUUGUACUAAACUAAAAAGAUAAAAUAAGUUAACUUCUUCAUAUGUAAUUAUGUACAAAACGUUUAAUUUAUUUUGAUCUCUUUAGAAGUAUAAAAGAGAAAAACAUUCAAGAACAUUAAAGUCUUGUAAUGUUUGCUAAUAUAAAAAAGUGUUGUAUUAUCUUGCGUGGAUAGUAUCACAACAAAUAUAUAUAUAUGAAAUAUAAAUUCACUAAUGAACAAAGGAGAUUUUAAAGUUUAAAAUGCAGAACUUGUCACUUGCAUGGUGUCCCCUCCACUGUAGAUAAAGCGAGAUUCUCACACCCACUCUGCUGAUGCGAGCAAUCCCAGAUUGCCGGCAGCCCGGUCUAAACGUUUCUUCUAGAACCAGAGACCAGCAAGUGAAUUGUUGCCAUCUCAAAGAUGGGGAAGGAAUUUGAGGCUAAAUGUGCACUAUUUUCCCUUUGCUGUGUGUGGGGGCAACAGUGAGCGGUCUGUGCCAGCGUGUGCUUCCGACACUGAGCGGGCGUUAGGGAAGGCAGGUGGGGGUGGCACUGUCCUCUUAGCUGCCAGAGACCCUUGGUCUUCAUCAUUUCUGUUAGUGUCCCCCUUUCUGGUCCUUGUUGUGAAAAGGAAUGCUCUUUUGUGGUCACUUGCUCCGGGCUGUGUCAGUUCCCCUCAGAUGGCCGUUGUAUGGAGUGGACAGACUGUCCGGAACAGCUUUAAGGAAAAAGACUCACCUAGGAGCCCGUCACUCGGCCAGCUCGCUGGGGUUCCCCCGCCCGGCGUGAGUAGAACCCACAGGGAAACCCCGUCCCGAGCUGCCCCGGGACUCCUCACAGAGCCACUGGCUGAGCGAGAAAGCCUCCCAGCUGCCUUCAUUUCGCCACCUGUGGAUGACACGUUUCUGAUUUCCGUCUCUUGCUGCUGCUGCCUCACACGCCUUCCAGUUUCCACAUCUCAUCUGUACACUCCUCGAUCGCAUUGGCCCAUCUGUGUCCAGCCAAGAAGAGGUAUCCGCUGUCCAAGCGUGAUUUAUCUUGUACCUGCCCCGAUAGGACCCUGCAGUGGCUCUCGUUGCUAGAAAUGCAUGACCAAGAUUGUUGCUGGGCAAACCUUAGAGUCUCUUUUCAUGACCUUGUAGGCAACGUCUCCAUCUGCCUUUGCUGUAUGCCCUUUGCUAAAGGAGAGUUUUGUUUGACUUCCGAGAUCCAAGGCCAAUUGUUUUUUAAAAAAAUUUUAGUGGCAUUUUUUUUAAAUUUGUCUGCAUGUGGGGUGCAUCCUUCCAUCUCCACAUAUUAUUUGAUUUUUUUAAAAUACUGUUUGACUCCAUUGCUGUGUGUGACUAUUUCUCUACAUGCUUCAGAUACACAUUCCUACAGUCUUCUCCUUCCUGAGGGGAAAAACCCCACCACACACGGAAAAAAGACGUUUUCUUACACACACCCACCUUGUUUAGGGGGAAGGAGGUUUCAGGUUUCAGGCAAGAUUCUGACCAGGAAACAAUUACAGGAUAACAUGUGAGGUCUGGCUGAUGUCGGAAGCAAACAAGAAAUCAGGUAUCACUUCCAGUAUGACCUUCACCUCCACCAUGUCAGCCCCACGUGCAAGGCUGGCCAGUCAUGAAAACGGUUAGUGACGUCCUGUCAUCUCGCAUGUUAGAGUUGAGGUCCAAAGGGUUGGGGGCUGGGAUCGAAGGUCGCUUGUGCAAGAAAAAGGAAAGGAAACCCGUUUCAGCAAUAAAGAAGGAUUGUUCUGUAUUAGAAAUUGUGCUGUAGAUAAAUCAUUCAUGAGAAUGUAACAAUGUUUGUCUUGUGACCUUGUGCUUUUGAAGUCAGACAAAACCGUGUAAUCAGCUUGCACAAAGGAGGGUACACAAUGAACAUUGAAACACAGACCUAACCCGACAGGGCGGCUUCCUCAUGGUGCUUGUUUAUUAUAUAUAUUUAAUCCUGCUUGACACUUUACCCGAGGGAAACUGCCCCUUUUAUCAGUUGAAUGUUAGCAGCGUUAUUUCAUAGAGUGUGGUGACUGGUUGGAGAAAUUCAUGUACUCAACCAAUCACAGUUUCAAACAAAAUUUUUAUGUGCAAAGGACGGCAACCUUCUCGUAUGUUAAACCACCAGUAAGCUUUGUACAUCUGUGAUAACGCCUGUUUUAUAUUCAAAUGAACAAAUAAAAGCUUUUAUUUUUGUUGCUCUGAAAA